AUAGAUUUUCUGCCUUACACUUGCUAUCACUGCAAAAAGAUUUUUUGUCAAGAACAUUUCAAAUUAGACGAUCAUCACUGCCCAAGUCUGGAGGAUCCAACUCUUGAUGUUCGUGUGCCCACGUGUCCCAUAUGCGAGAAACCUGUACCUGGUCCCCGAGGCGAAGAUCCGAAUAUCCGAGUCAAUCGUCACAUUCAAAACAACUGUGCCGAUCCAACAUCAAAAUCACCAGGCAACAUCUGCCAUUUACGAGGUUGUAAAGCCAAACUGUUGGUGCCCAUUCAAUGUCCUGACUGUGGUCAAUCGUAUUGCGUCAAGCAUCGUCUCGGAGCAGAUCACCAGUGUCAGGGCCGACCUGCUGCGCCAGCUGUUUCCAAAGCGCCGCAUCAACUCGCAGGAUUGGCGGCUAUUCGACGAGCGGCCAAAAAUGGCAUGCGCCACAAUCAAUCCAAUACGACCUCCAAAAUGGAAUCGGAAAGGUAA